CCCUGCACAAUAACAGUUGCUGUUAAUCAAUCAGCUGACUCGCGCAUUCAACAAAAAGCAAAAAAAAACAACGUAGUUUUCCAGUUGCAAUUGAUAAAAUGUACUAAAAAGGCGCAAAAUGUCGCUAGUGGAUCAUGACUCAUGGGACAUCGAAUAUGAAGGUUGCGAGCGCUUGAGGCAUCAAUUGCUCGUGCAGCUGAAUCAGCGUCGCCAGCAUGAGACGUCUCCCAACUCCACAGAAUACGUGAAACUCACAGGUAGCAUACAUUCCGGUUUGGAACAGUUGAACAAAGAUGUCAGCCACCUCAAGGUGGUGCUGGACAAUGCCAUCACCUGGGAAACUAGCCCCGAAUCGGAGCUGCAGCAACGUCGCAUCGACUGGGAUAAAUUGACCUCGCAGUUGCGCGUAAUUACCACGCAAUUCAACACCAGCACACGUGCCCAUCAAGCGGCGCUGCCCUCCAGCUCGGUGUGGCAAAAUGCGGGCCCUUCAAACCCAACUCCAAAUAGAAACCUGGAUGCCGAGUCCAUGAAGCGAUUGCAAACGGAGAUGCUGGAGAAUCAGAAUCGUGGCCUUGAGGUGCUGUCGGCGACCAUUGGACGGCAACGAGAACUGGCCACCGUACUGGGUAACGAGGUGGAGGAUCAGAACAACAUUCUGGAUAAUCUUUCGAAUACCAUGGAUCGUGUGGAGUCUGGAGUCCAGCGAGAUACUCGAAGCAUUGGCCAAAUCAAUCGCACCGACAGCACUUGCGGUUACUGGCUGGUGAUCAUAGCGCUCUUUGUGGCCAUUAUCAUUGUGUUGCUGGUCUAGCGUCUCAAUUGUUAUAUAUAUGUAUAUGUAUGUCUAUAUUCAGUUUUGAUUCCAAAUAAGAGUCUCGUAUUGACUCUGUGUAUGUUUAACUUUAAUGCUCCUACCACGAUUUUAAAUAAACUGUAAAGUUCUAA